AUGCUCGGGAAACAAAGAAGUCAAAUGAAUCAAUCUGUGUGUUAUGAUAUUAGUCAGAUCACGGAUUGGCAUCAUUUGAUGGAAAUAGAAACCGAUAAUGAAGAAAUAAGUAUAGGAAUCAGAGAACAAGAGCAAGAUACAAGACAAAUCCUUUUGCGAUCGUUGGUUUCAACUAUACUGAUAGAAGCAAUCCUCGAAGGAUUGGUAUGUCGGCACUUUUUUCAUGUUGGUAUUUACUCUAGAUUCGCCACCUUCCACAUAUGUAUAAUUCUGAAUCGAUGGUAUAUAAAUCCUGAUGUUGAACUGAACGAUCUCCUACAACAAUAUCCUUUUAUUCCAGUAUGUGAUAAGAUACAAUCGGAAGAUAACAUACCAUUCAAAAAUCCUAUCACUUUCCAACAUUUCUUUUCUAUUCGGAUUGAUUCACACGACUCUCAACCAUCCCAACCAGCCAUAAACUCACCUAAAGCUAUAUACGCAGAAUUGGCCAGAUUAUCGAAAAAGGCUAUUGACUGUGCCCUUAAAAGUGAUAAGCAACAAGAAUUGUUAAAUAUUUUCAAGGCCUUUAUUUAUGAUGUAAUGAGCAGACUGGAACUGGAAAACUUUACUGAUGUUAUUAAUCCUGUUGUUAUCAAGCAUAAGGGUUGGCCACCGAAAAGGCUAAUAUCAAGCAUUGAAAAGGUUUUAAAUAGAGAAAACCGGGUUCUAAAAGAUGUUAGCAAUAGUAAUGUAAUAGAAGACAACAAUACUUCAAAUAUUAUAGAAGGCUUUACAAAUGAUACAAAAGGCGCAUUUAUUUAA